AUGGCUCCCUUGAAGCUCAACAGCAAGAACCUGUCCCAGAUUGCCUCCGCUGCGCCGGUGCAAUUCCCUACCUAUCCGCGCGGCGAUGCCGUCAAGGAGGGAAUUGUCCACAUUGGCGUUGGUGGCUUCCACCGAGCUCACCUGGCUGUCUACGUUGAUCAGCUUAUGCAGCACCAUGGCGUUACCGACUACGCCAUUUGUGGAGUUGGGCUGACACCAUUCGACGUCGGUAUGCGUGACGCCCUAGGCUCACAGGAUCACCUCUAUACCGCCAUUGAGCGUUCCGCCAAGGGUAGCGUUGCCAAAGUGAUGGGUAGCAUCAACUCCUACCUCUUCGCGCCCGAUAACCGCGAGGCCGUCAUUGCUAAGAUGGCACACCCCGAUACCCAUAUUGUGUCGCUUACUAUCACCGAGAGCGGGUACUACUACAAUGAGAAUACGCACGAGCUCCAGACUGAGGACCCCGAUAUCCAGCACGACCUCAACCCUGCCAAUACCUCCCCCAAGACCACUUUUGGUUUCCUCUACCAUGCUAUGGACCGUCGCCGUCAGCAGGGAUUGAACCCUUUCACAGUCAUGUCUUGUGAUAAUAUGCAGGGUAAUGGUGCUAUUACUCGUAAUAUGCUAGUCUCCUUUGCUCGUAUCCGCAACCCCGAGCUUGCAGAGUGGAUCAACACCAAGGCCCACUUCCCUAACGCCAUGGUGGACCGCAUUACCCCGCAGACAUCCGCCGCCGACAAAACAUCUCUCGCACAGGAGUUUGGUAUUGAGGAUUCGUGGCCAAUUGUUACGGAGCCUUUUAUGCAGUGGGUUAUUGAAGACCACUUCUGCGAUGGCCGUCCUCCUUUUGAGAAGGUUGGAGUGCAAAUUGUCAAGAAUGUUCAACAAGUCGAGGAGUUUGAGAAGCAUAAGCUACGUCUUCUUAACGGCAGUCACGCCAUUAUUGCCUAUGGUGGGCAGCUUGCAGGGUACAAUUACGUCCACGAGGUUAUGCAAGACCCACUUUUCAACAAAUUUAUCUGGCAAAUGAUGCAGGACGAGGUAAAGCCCACCCUUCCAGUGAUUGAGGGCGUUAGCAUCGAUAAGUACUGUCACACUCUCGUGGAGCGAUUCUCCAAUCCUACGAUUAUGGACCAGUUGCCCCGUAUUUGUGGCGGUGGUACUGGAAAGAUUCCUCAGUUCAUUAUGCCUACUAUUGCUGAGGCUAUCUGGGUUACUGGGCCCUUCCGUCGUCUUUGCUUCACCGCUGCUACCUGGUUCCACUAUAUCAACGGUGUGGACGAUAACGGCAAGAAGAUCAAUGUUCAAGACCCUAUGCUCGAGGAGAUUCAGACAAGGGCUCGAGUUGGAGGCACCAACCCUAUGGAAUUGCUCAACAUCAAGAGCCUGUUCGGUGAGGACCUGCGCUCCAAUAAGCGUUUCGUUGAUACCAUCACAAUCGCGCUUGAGGAAAUUGUCCGUGAUGGCGUCGUCAAAUCCCUCCCCAAGUACAUCGACUAG